AUGAGAGUAGUUGCAUUAAUCAGCGGUGGUAAGGAUAGCUGUUAUAACAUGAUGCAGUGUAUAGCAGCGGGCCAUGACAUUGUUGCAUUGGCCAACCUAAAACCACAAAGUAAAGAUGAGUUGGAUAGCUACAUGUAUCAAAGUGUUGGUCACCAAGCAGUAGAAUUAUAUGCAGAAGCAAUGGGACUCCCAUUGUUCAGGCAACGAACAAACGGGGUUGCAUUGCAACAAGAGAAAAUUUACACUCAUACUCCCGAAGAUGAAGUUGAAGAUUUAUUUGAUCUCCUUGCUAAUAUUAAAACCCAAAUUGAAUUUGAUGGUGUAGCUGUGGGUGCAAUACUUUCUGAUUAUCAGCGUUUGCGUGUUGAAGAUGUGUGUUCGCGAUUAGGUAUUUGCUCACUGUCAUAUUUGUGGCGUCGUGAUCAAAAAGAACUGCUACAGGAAAUGAUUGAUUGCAAUAUUGAAGCAAUUGUUAUUAAAGUAGCAGCACUUGGAUUAGACCCUACAAAACAUUUGGGAUUGCGAAUUGAUAAGCUAAUGCCACAUUUAGUUAAAAUGAAUGAAAAAUAUGGCUUAAAUAUAUGUGGCGAAGGUGGAGAAUACGAAACGUUCACUCUAGACUGCCCUUUGUUCACCAAAUCGGUGAUCAUUGAAGAGUUUGAAACUGUGAUGCAUACCAAUGACACUAUUGCUCCUGUGGGAUACAUCAAUUUUAAAAAAUUUUGUUUAUUAAAAAAACCGAAUGUUGAUGAGAAUCAAAGUUUCCGUGAACGUAUGGCUUGUUAUAGAGUACGCAGCCCUUUAGCACACUUGUUGGACUUAGAUGAUUUAGAAAUUGACCUUGGUACUGUAACUGAUGGUGACAAUUUUGAUGAUGAUGCUUCAGAAAAUAAUAGUAUCAUUAUCGACCAGACUGAUGGUCAAUUAUGUUUUGGGGAACUUGUAGAGACAGAUUCUGUGUCUUGUAUUGGUUAUCCAAAUGGAUGGACUUGGAUUAAUUCAUUAACUGGUUAUUGGGUUGGUGAUAAAUCUCCAGUUAUAGUUGCUCUUGAGAGAUUAAGAGAUUUAUUGCAGGAAAGAAAUUUAGAGUUAACUGACGUUGUUGCUGUUACUUUAUAUGUUCGUGACAUGACUGAGUUUCUUAAUAUGAAUGCACAAUAUGCUUCAAUCAUGUGUAGAAUUAGUCCUCCUGUAAGAGUUUGUGUUGAAAUACCUCUUUCAGAGUUCACACCUAUUCUUAUGGAUGUUGUUGCUUAUAAACCACCAGCCAAGUCAUCUUCUAAUUCAAACCUUCCAUCAAUGUCCAAACAUACAAUGCAUGUACAAAGUAUAUCUCAUUGGGCUCCUGCUAAUAUUGGACCAUAUAGUCAAGCUAUUCGAGUUGGUGAUAUUAUUUAUGUUGCUGGGCAGAUUGCUCUAGUGCCAGGUACAUUGAGUAUUGUUGAGGGCGGAAUCAGGCAACAAUGUCGACUAUCAUUACGACAUGUUAGCAGAAUUAUUAAAGCAGUUGAUCCUAAUACACAACUUAGAGAUGUUGUUCAAGGCAUAUGUUAUGUAACUCACACCAAAUAUAUUCAUGCUGCUAGAACGGAAUGGGAGAAAAGGACAAAUAAUGCUAUUGUAGAUUAUAUCGUAGUAUCACGGCUACCAAAAAAUGCUAUUGUAGAAUGGCAUUUAUGGGCACAUCGACAUAAUGCUAGAUUUGAAUAUGAAGAAACAGGUUGUUGUGUUGAUAAUUAUAGAGUGUCAAUACGUCGCCGUUGGAAUUAUGAAAACAAUGUGGCUGCAAUUGUUACAUAUAUUUCAUCUGGAUCAUGCACUUCAUUAUCAGCUAUAACUGAUUCAUUAGAGACAUCUACUGAAUCUAUAUCUGCCAUUGGUCUAGAGGAGGCUUUCCGUUAUUCUUUAAAACGACUGCUGCGUGGAGAACCAACUUCGACACCCACAGACGCUAUUUGUUCUUUACGAAUAUUUUACAAAGUAUCGCAAGAUCAAAAACCUAUAUGUCGACAACUUAUCAAUGCUACAUUGAAUAAUUUAAGAGCUGAAUAUCGAAUAGUUGCUACUGUCAUACCUGUAUUACAUUUUGAAUCAUCCCAAUACCUUUGUAUCAAUCUGUGCGUUGAGGCAUAA